AUGUGCAUAUUAACUGGUUGGGUUCGGUACCUCUAAGAAGGUGAAGAACCACUGUGCUAGAGGGAAACGUUGGCAAAUCAAGUUUCACGCAUGUCCAACUGUGGAGAUGUGGUCCACUUUGGGCUACAGUUGUAAUUCGCGCCCAUGCAUGUGUGUGUUGGGGGAGUGGGGGGUGGGCUAUUCUCAGCGGCGCCACUUUAAAGAAAACAGUCUCACGGGUUUGUCAAUCUCGACGAACCAGACAGACUCUGGCUGGCAGCGUCGCGGUGAGACCCGCUCUUCGAUUGGCCGAGAGCGGCGGCGCGGAUGAGAGGCGGCCCGCCAUUGGCUGUAGCUCGUCGCAACACCGACGCGCACGACGUCUCCCCUCUAUUGUUAUUGCUCGGUGCGCGCGAGGAACUGGCAGGAUGCGCGAAGAGACGGCGAGGCUGAUAAGAAGAUAACGCCGGCGUGAGACACUCUAGCGAGCGCGGCGUCGCACACGAGACCUUGAAAGCAACCGAGGUGCAAUUCAUGCUCGCGUCGCCGCUGCGCUAGACGGUGCCCCGAGCCAGCUCGCGGAGAGCCGAGUCAACGUUCCGACGAGCCGGUCGACGCCACUGGAAGCAAAUUGUCGGGCAGCCCGGCGCUCUUUCUGUUCCAGUUCUUCGCCUCUCUCCGUCCGAUGUGCACAGGGGCUGAUUCAGAACCGGGCCAUCAUGAUCCCUGUGAACCUUCUGGUCACUCAUUGGCUGAGCAACUCAAUCCAAGCAGCGUUAUGUCCGCGAACCCUCCGAGUAGCAAUGACGCCUGCCUCAGCAUCGUCCACAGCCUCAUGUGCCAUCGGCAGGGCGGGGAGAACGAGGGCUUUGCCAAGCGGGCCAUCGAGAGCCUGGUCAAGAAGCUGAAGGAGAAGAAGGACGAGUUGGACGCGCUCAUCACCGCGAUUACCACCAACGGCGUCCAUCCCAGCAAGUGCGUCACCAUUCAGAGGACGCUCGACGGGCGGCUACAGGUGGCCGGGAGGAAAGGUUUCCCUCACGUGAUUUACGCCCGGCUGUGGCGCUGGCCUGACCUCCACAAGAACGAACUCAAGCACGUCAAGUUCUGCCAGUACGCCUUUGAUCUGAAGUACGACAACGUGUGCGUCAACCCCUACCAUUACGAGAGGGUGGUUUCUCCAGGCAUCGUUGGUCUCAGUCUUCACAAUGCAGUGCCGCCCGGUGGUCUGAUCAAAGAAGAGUACAUCCACGACUGUAUCCAAAUGGAUCUCCCGCCCGGUAUGCCGCUGUCUGAGCACCGGGCCGCGCUCAAACUGCCUCCCGCCGAGCACUACGGCCAAGCGCUGGCUCCUCCGCAUCUGUCGUCUGAGCCCCUCGGACCCCCACCCGUCACCAGAUACACACAGCUGCCUGUCUCACCCAAAGUGUCCAACUGCGGCUCCAGGCUGGCGCCGCAGGGCGGCCGCCUCGAUGGCCGCCCUCAGACCGCUUCUCCGCAGGUCCGAGUUGGGACUUCCCCGCCUCCAAAUCAUCCCGCAUCUCAGCAACAAGGUCCCCAGCCACCUCCGCCUCCGCACCCCCAACAAUCCCCUCGACCUCCUCCUCCUCUUCAAUCCCACGGGCAGAAUGGGUACGGCGGCAGCAGCAGCAGCAGCAGCAAACAUUCUCCGAGUCACGCGGCCUUCCACACGGUGUGGACGGGCGGCAGCGCGGCCUCCUACGCGCCGAUGGGAGCCCUGCAAAACGGGCGCGGUCAGCAGCCAACGCCCCUUCACCAUCCAAACCCACAUUGUGAGAUGAACCCAUUUUCUCGACCGCUUCUCCUCUGCGAAGGGUCUCCGCAUCAUGGCUCAACCUCUUUCCCCCCUUCUGUAUCAAAUCAUCCAGGACCCGAGUUCUGGUGCUCGAUCUCCUAUUUUGAAAUGGACGUUCAGGUGGGCGAGAUGUUCAAGGUGCCCUCCAGCUGCCCUGUCGUGACGGUGGACGGUUACGUCGACCCGUCGGGAGGUGACCGCUUCUGUCUCGGCCAGCUGAGUAACGUCCAUCGCACGGAUGCCAGCGAGAGAGCCCGGUUACACAUCGGCAAAGGGGUGCAGCUGGAAUGUCGCGGCGAAGGCGACGUGUGGAUGCGCUGUCUGAGCGAUCACGCCGUGUUUGUCCAGAGCUACUACCUUGACAGGGAGGCGGGUCGAGCCCCGGGCGACGCCGUGCACAAGAUUUACCCCGGAGCCCACAUCAAGGUGUUUGACCUCCGACAGUGCCACAGACAAAUGCAGCAGCAGGCGGCGACCGCUCAGGCCGCCGCUGCCGCGCAAGCAGCGGCGGUGGCAGGAAAUAUCCCCGGAGCGGGCAGCGUGGGCGGCAUCGCGCCCGCAAUCGGUCUGUCUGCGGCAGCGGGCAUCGGAGUGGAUGACCUGCGGCGGCUCUGCAUCCUGCGUCUCAGCUUCGUCAAGGGCUGGGGGCCCGACUAUCCCAGGCAAAGCAUCAAGCACACGCCGUGCUGGGUGGAGGUCCACCUUCACCGCGCUUUGCAGCUUCUGGAUGAGGUGUUACACACCAUGCCCUUAGCCGAUCCGGGGCCCGCCAACUGAGAAUCCCGAUGCUGAGACGUCGCGCGGUUUGGACCGCCUUUUCGCUUUGUGUCAAGUAGCUCCUUUCAGAGAAAGGAAUUCCAAUGGCAAAUAUCACCUCGAGAAAAGGAUGUCUGGAACCCCGCGCCG